AUGUCGCUAUACACAUUCUUUGGAUGCUUGCUGGUCGCCUAUAGUCCGAUUCUCUCCAUCUUUUUCCUUUACAUUGGUCGUAAUGCACAGCAUGUGUUGCUGAUGGUCGCAAGUGCUUUCUUUUGCCUUAUUGCCCUCCUGAUAUCAAGCGUCAUAUGGUACUUCGCCAAGGCUACCCAAUCACUUCACGCCGUGAGCAUAGCCUAUAGUGUGCUUAUCCAAGAGCUCUUCCGAUGGUUCUUUUUCUUGUUGAUGCGGCGUUCAGAGGCAGGGUUGAAUAUAGCUUCCAAGAACAAGAAUUCUCCUUACAAUCGAUCCAUCUUUGCCUUUGUCACUGGAUUUGGAUACGCACUUACAACAUCGCUCGUGAGUUACAUUUCGAUCCUCGUUGAAUCCAUUGGUCCCGGUGUUAUGAUGUGCCCCUCGUGUCCUCAAGCAACUAGCUUUUUCAUUUCAGCUAUCGACACAAUGUUGUUUUCGUUAUUGCACAUGGCAUGGAUGGUCGUUGCAUUUGAAGGAUUCUACAACGUUCAGCAGCUAUCAGGGAUGCUUAGGGUUGCCUGGGUCUUGAUAUCACAUUUUGGCGCAUCCUAUGUGACACUGCUAAAUGGAUCCACCACUAUUUAUCUCGGCUGUGUGUAUGCCAUUAUCACGUGCAUUGGAAUUCUCGCUAUCUCUGUUGCCCUGAUAUCAUUCUCACUCAAAUCACGUUAUCGACUUGCCAAACAGCAUACCUCCUAA